UUGACACGGUCUCUCUCUUGUUUGCAUCAGUUGUCUUCCAAAACGACUUGGUCUCUGGUCCUCCUCACUCUCUAAUCACUUUCUUCCCUUUCCUUCUCACAAAACCGCGUUUGUGUCUUCUCCAAAUUCCUUUCACCAAAAACAAGCAUUACCCACCAACGCUAUAGCCAUGAUUCUCAAAUUUCGCUACCCAUUUCCAUGGAUUUUCUUUUUCUUCGUUAUACUCUUUCUUUCCUCUUCUUGUUUCUGCUAUUUUUUCCCUCUUUUCCUUCUGUUCUUUCACUUUCUACUGUUGCAAUUUCUCAAACUUCAGACCAGACAUUGGUUUGUGCUCUGGGGAUAACUAGUAGCCGACAGUCUUUUCUUAACUGUACUAGUUUUCCUGCUGGGAUUCAGAUUCCUGGUCUAAACUCCAACUUUUCUUAUUCUGGGAUUGUUGCUGGUGAUGGAUUCCUCUGUUCUUUGAUUUCUUUCUCUCACUCUUCAAUUAUUGUUUGCUGGAGAUUCUCUACUAAUGGAAGUAAUAUUGUUUAUAAGAGAGUCUAUCAAGGUUCUGUUCUCAGAGAGCUUCAAGCUGGUAAUUCUCAUAUAUGUGGCCUUGUUAAUGCCACCAAUCGCCUCCAGUGCUGGCAGUGGCCGGAAUUCAACUCAAACUCUGCUCAGAACUUGAGUUUUUCAAGUGUUGCAGUUGGUGAAGACUUCGUUUGUGGGCUAUCAGGAUUCGGGAAUAUUACUUGCUUGGGAAAUGUUUCCAGUGUCGGUAACCCUCCAGUAGGCAAUUUUAGCGUGAUUGCUGCCGGGUUCAGACAUGCCUGUGCUCUAACUUUUGAUAACGAAUUGCAUUGUUGGGGAACUAUGCAUGGCCAAAAACCACAAGAAAAGUUCAAAUUGUUGGCGUUGGGAGAGAACCGUAGCUGUGGUUUGCGGCUUAAUGAUACAGUAAUUUGUUGGGGGCAGAACAAUUACAGCUUGGAAGAAAGCUUGAGAGAGAGUCAUUUUGCAACUAUUGAAGCCAAGAGGAACAUUUUCUGUGGAGUUUUGAGAUAUAAUUAUUCCUUGGUUUGUUGGGGUAACGAGAUCCUGAGCUCUAAUUUAAUGGUGUUUGAUCAUGAAGUAAUGCCAGGACCAUGUACAGGUACCUGUCCAUAUGAUACGUUGCCAGGAUCCGGCAGGUUUUGCCCCCAAGGAUUAUGCAUUUGUGAUAAUAGCAGGACAAAUACCACAACUCCACCAGCGGCUGGGCCACCAUUAGGACAAUCAUCGCCAGCACCAGCUACAGAGGGAUCAACAAGUAGCGGGUGGAGUGACAAGAUGAUAGCUUCCCUAGCAGUGGGCUGCGUGGGAACCUCUGUUUUCUUGCUAACCAUUGGCUUUUUUCUCUUCAGAUACUGCAAGUGUAAGGGAUGCAGGGUCCAUGAUUCGGGCCGGUUGGAUGAGACAGGAACAGUCCUCGAAGAGGAUGCAAGACAACAACAGCAGCAUCACCCACAAAUCGAACAAGCAGCGCCACCAGUCCUAGAGAAGCGCCUUAGCCAAUUGGUGAGCAUGGGUCAUUUAGAGGAGUUCUCAUUGCAGCUCCUACUUGAAGCCACCGACAACUUCUCCGAGGAUUUCAAAAUUGGAGAAGGAAGCUUCGGCUCAGUCUAUCGCUGCACAUUAAACGAUGGCCGAGAAUUAGCAAUCAAACGAGCAGAAACAUUAAACUCAAGUUCCUGCGCAGUAGAAACCAGGCGUCGAGUCGACAAGGACAAUGCAUUCAUCAACGAACUCGAAUCCUUAUCCCGUCUCCAUCACAAGAAUCUCGUCAGAUUACUUGGCUUCUGCGAAGAUUGUAACGAGAGAGUAUUAAUCUACGAGUAUCUCAGCAAUGGCACACUCUAUAAUCAUCUCCACAAGCUCCAAGACACCGCAUUAAUGUCAUGGCCUGCACGAAUCAAAGUAGCACUAGACGCAGCCAGGGGAAUCGAGUACCUCCAUGAAUAUGCAGUGCCACCAAUCAUUCACCGAGACAUCAAAUCAUCAAACAUACUACUAGACUCAUCCUGGACUGCUAAGGUCUCCGAUUUCGGAUUAUCUCUGAUGGGUCCUGAAGACGAAGAAUCUCACCUGUCUCUCUGCGCCGCCGGCACCGUCGGAUACAUGGAUCCAGAAUACUACGUUCUUCAACAGCUGACGACAAAGAGCGAUGUGUACAGCUUCGGGGUAGUGUUGCUAGAACUAUUAUCAGGAACAAAAGCAAUACACAAGAACAAGAAUGGGAUGCCAAGAAAUGUGGUGGAUUUUGUAGUGCCAUAUAUAGUACAAGAUGAAAUACACAGAGUCUUAGACAAGAGAGUGCCGCCGCCAACGCCGUUUGAAAUAGAGGCGGUGGCGUAUGUGGGAUCCGUGGCGGCGGAAUGCGUGAAUUUAGAAGGCCAAGAUCGACCAUCAAUGACUCAGAUUGUAAAUAGCUUGGAAAGAGCAUUGGCUGCGUGUUUGGUGAACCACACUUCGCUUUCCCGUUCCACUUCCGGGUCCUCCAUGUAGCCUCAACUGGAGAGUGCGCAUGUGGCAGGAAAUAAUAUUUUUUUUGUAUGAAUAAUUUUUUUAGAAACAUUUUAAUAGAGCACCUGUCAAAAAUCA